AUGCUGCGUCCUGAACCUACAGAAGAAUUAAUUGCCGAAACUAAGGCGGACGGUAUGGUACCCAUCAGCACACAGAAACCAAAACUGCAAAACGAUACCGAUUCUGAAGACGAAGGAGAACACGUUAUAUCGGCGUUUGGAGACAUUUCGUUGUCCAAUAUAGAUUUUCUUCCUGGACCACCCUCUGGAUUGUCACCGACUCCAAAACCAUGUCGGGGGAUUAUAUCUAACGACGUUAUGGACCAACAGCCCCCUGCACCAACUCUACGCCGCAAGCGACCACUUGGCCCCGUGAAAGCAAGUAUGCGAAAGAAAGAGCCGACUUUUGAAAUGAUGGUGCAGGAAAUGCAAAAAUCACGGAGGAUAUCGAGACCUUCUGACAUACCCUCUAAUGGUAAUGGAAGUCUUUUGACAGACUUGAAGAAUUUCGGACCAGAGGCGGUGAUAGCAAGAGUAGACGCGGUGAUAUCCAGCGCUGGCUCGCACGAAGGAGUCCAAAAUAACGCGCCUCCUAAGACAUCACUGACAGCAAAGGCGUGUGCAGGUGUGCCGGAUGAAAAUGGGGUAGGGCCCGUGGUCGCCGCCAACCAACCGAAGAAAAACGGAUUGCGGGGAAACGCCAAGCUGCCCAAACGCCUUCCCAUUCCCCGAUGGGAUGUUGAUAACGAAUCGGUUAAUCAUGGGUGUUAA